CAUUCUUAUUCCAAAGGAACGAGGUGAACUUUGUAACUUAUAACGUUAGUUCUUGCAUUAACAUUCGCCACCAGUGAUCUUGCAUCGCGUUUCGCUCAAGUGCACAAAACCACUAUUUAUUACGCAGGAUUCUGUACACAGCUUUGGCGUAAACCUAUUUACGAACAAAUGGAUUUAAUCAUUAAAUUAAACAGCCAAACAGUGGGGAAAGACAAAAUUGCAAGAUUAGUCCAGUACUCGUGUCGUGCAUUAUGGGCUAGCAAAGAGGCCAACAAUCUUGGUGCGAAGACGACCGAGUCCAUUCAAGUACUGAAAUUAAUUGAAGGCAUCUUAAGCUCUUUCCGCAAACUGCUUCGGUUUGGAAAAGGGUUUGAGGUGCUUUAUGCCGCCGGUUCUAGCGUGGAAAUGAAACAACUAUCUCAGCAGUUGUUUAUUGUGCUCGGGAAAGUUUCCUCCGGCCUAUUCUUGCUGGCCGAUCACGUCGUUUGGUUAUCGCGAUCCGGUAUCAGUAAAGGGGUGGACGCCACGGAAUGGUUAGCCCGUUCGAACCGGUUUUGGUUAAUUUCGAUCGCGAUGAAUCUGUGCCGCGAUUUGCAGGAACUUUAUCGCCUGACCGUCUACUACAGCAGGUCCAACAUUCGCAACCUAGCUCGAACUGUGUCGGUUAUUUACAACGAAAACAAACCGUUGGUCGUUGAUACGGUGAAGAAUGUUUGCGAUAUUUUCAUCCCACUCAAUGGACUCGGUUACGUGAAAGUUUCGAACCAAACCAUCGGUAUUCUGGGGGCAAUAUCUUCCAUCAUGGGUCUGUUACCGUUGAUUUACCCGAGAUUGAAGUUCUAGCGAUGUCCUUUAAAGAAACACAGCGAGAAACUAGUUGAUAAGUUGAAUUGUAAAUAGUUUAAGCGAUAUGG